GUAUGAGCCCCGCCCUUAUUGCAUUUGCAGCAACAGUUCUUUAACUAUGGAGAAGUUCUUGUUCUUAUGUUUGAGUUUCCAUCUACUAGUGAGCCUCUCUUUGGGAGAGGUAGAGCUGAUCUGUCCAGCUGUACUAACUGGGAGUGAAUACACUUCCCUCACUCCUGGCCCACGCUCCAUUGCUUUUAGAGAAACCAUCCCCAGACCAGGAUCUCCAUUUCGUGUCAGUAUAUAUCGUGGGUCCACUGAGUGUGUAUUCCUGGAUCACAUCCCCUACCAAAGAGGGUCCAGUACUUAUUACAUGACUGUUGAUAUUCCCAAUAUCUCAUGCACUAGGAGCAACAACUGCAGACUAGUCCUUAGACAAAUUGAUACUACAUCUAAUGGUUAUUGUCAGUAUCCUAAUGGUUGUAACGUGUAUAAUUCAACAACACAAAUAACAGUCAGAGGUACUUCCACUUCUUGUUCUGGUGUCAGGAGGAGACCAGCUGUAAUGUAUAACUGGCCGUACGACCCAACCCAACUAUACACUGCCACCAUAAGGAGCGGUACAUCUUCAUCAAGAGCAGCUGGUCAGUUCGUCCUGAUUGGAUCAAACCUAAUAUACAACAUUUCAAUGACAGUUCCCUUUACUGGCUCUGGCAGAGGAGUCUCCUUAAGGUUCUCAUACUACCCAACCACAGAAAGAAUGGAAGUGAUCUCAACUCUCAGUAAUGUUAACGUGGAGAAGGGCUGGACCUCAGGGACCUGGUCAGGACUGUCUGAUAAUGAGAGGAGACUGUUCAAGAAUGGACUCAUCUUCAUAGACAUUGUUGCUGAUUCCACCACUAUCACUGGACAAAUACUCCCAGCUGGAAAUACUGGAGCUGCUGAUAAUCGCUAUGGCAGUGAGUAUGGUUCGUAUACCAGUGGUGGUUGGUUCACUGGUAACCCAUUCACUGGGCCAAUGGCUACUGCUACCUUCUUCUCUUCACCUUCUGGUCGGCCUUGUACCAACAGCAGGUACUUUGGGUGUAUGCUGUCUACUCUUAACAAUGGAGGGGGUACUGCAGCUGUAUCACUGACCAGUAACAGGAUUGUGUUCAAUAUUCAAUUAUUUAAUGUUUCAAACAUUAACAAUAUUAAUAUAAUGGGAUUAGCUACACAAGCAAUUGACUUGAUGUCUUAUUUGUCUAAUGGUAACAUGGUGACUGGAGUAAUGGACAUCAGCGACCUCCAACAGAAUAGAUUAACAUCUGGUUUGUCCACUCUAUCAGUAUCAACUUCUGCUGGUCAGUUAUCCUGUGGUAUUGAAGAAGGAAUGAUAUCAAUGUUAACCAGUGGUGUUGAAGUACCUCCAGUAGGUGUGGCUACCAAUGGUUCUGGCUCCGCCUUUUUGUCAAUUUCAGUUUCCGGAGACAUUAAACUUCAGGUUACGUUAAAUGGUUUGACUUCAUCUUUAUUGAAUUCACAUCUUCAUGGCCCCGCCCCCUUGGGAUUAGCUACCAGUUCAAUACCUUAUGACCUCAGUUCUAAGAUCAGUGGAAAGAAUGGGAGCAGCUGGAACAUCAACACUGUACUUAAGAACAUAUCAGCGUCUGAGCUGAGGUAUUUCAAGGAAGGAUUGUUCUACCUGAACAUGCACACGACUGCUAACCCCAGCGGAGAACUGAGGGGACAAGUAUCAGUAAUAGGAGACUGGGUCUGCCCUAGUACUGGGGCCCUUACCAACCAAUGUAAAUACAUUAGCCUUAUGUUGUCAGGAGCAGCUCUUGCUGACAAUACUAAUAAUAACAUGAAACCAGCUGGAACUGGAGCUGCUAUCAUUGACAGAGUUGGAAGAAUACAAUUUAGUAUAUCGUUAAUGAAUGUCCCUGAUGCUACAGUACAGUUUAUGCUGACCAGUCCAGGAGGAGUUUUAAUAACUAGUAAUAACUUCCAGACCAGCCCCAACAGAGACAAUGUAAAAGAAUUGAUGGGUUAUUAUCCAGCUAAUUUUGAUGAUGUUUUAUCUGAUGAUGUCAUCAAUUAUGCUAAAGCUGGUCGUCUUGGUUUUAAUGUGACCACACCCACUUAUCCCGGCGGAAUAAUGUAUGGGUCUAUACCAUCCAUUGAUACCAGUGGGUGUGGUCAAGAUCAAUAUGUAAUAAAAGUGGGAGGAGAGAAUGGGUGGAGUCAGGGACAACGCUACCUGCCUAUCAGAAUCCUCCAAGGAGAUUCAUUGAAUUUUGAAUUUCAAUCACCUGAUAAUGUAUAUCUAAUGGAGAACAAAAAUCGUUAUGAUGGCUGUGUUUUUAGCACAGCUACAUUGCUCUUUGAUAGACCUGGAACAUAUUCUUAUACUCCACCUGCUACUGGUACCUACUACUUUGCAUCCAAUUCAUCUUGUCAAGGGCAACCGCCAAUGAAGAUACCUGUAUAUGCAGCAGAGGCCACAGUGUCAGUAAUGGACAGUAGUACAUGUAGCCAGUCCCUCUAUUCCUAUACUGUUGAUCAAAGGUACACUAAUGAAGGGAGUCCUGCUGGAACAAUAGCUGCUUCAGUUAUCGGAGCCAUUAUGGGUGUGAUACUUGUUGUCACAGUAAUUGUUGUCACGGUGAUAAUGAUAAUGAGGGGAAAGAGUGACAGUGCAGACUUACCUGCUAAAGCUUAAGACAAGACAGAAACACUAAGAGAGCCUCUACUCUUGAUACAGUGCAGUAUUUAUAUUAAAAAUUAAACUCUUUGUUUUAAUUGCAUUUGCUGUUUUUGCUGUGUUUUUAUUUUUUAUUUUUCUGCAGGGCAGUUUUAAUAAUUAUUAUUACAUUAAAUAGUUCACUUUUGCUGAUCAU